AUGUGCUUCAACCGUUUUGACACUCCAUGCAUGUGCACUCCUUCGCAGGCUCAUGAUCAACAAAUGAACCCUUACACAGAAACUUUCCAGACUCGAUACAGAGAGCAGCGAGGAGAAGAGUACAACGGUCUUAACUCACAGUCGCAGUGGCACUCUUCUGCGCCUUUGCCAACUCGAGAGGAAUAUGGUCACAAUCCUUCUGCUCCAGGUCAGAGACGGCGAGACGGUUAUGAUCGAUGGGUGAAAGAACGUAUUGCGAUUGAAGCUUUAUUAGAAAUGGCAGACCAGCCCUUCCCUGCAGAGCUAUCCAAAUCUAUACAUCCAAAUCUUCUUCAAGGGAAAAAUAUAUCUAAUGGUACUUUGCGCCAUAUCGAAACGAAUGAGGUUUCCCGACAUCCAACCACAUCUCCACAAAAUACCUUAUUUCAAAGCACUCAUUCUGUUGAAUUAGCGGAUAUCACUUCCUCCGAGGAUGAAUCAUUCGAAGUCACUGAACCAGUCGCGGAAACCGUACAAAACAAGAGUGCUACGACGACGCUCACCAGCAGCGAGUGGUUAUCUCUUGCGUUCAAAGUCCAAACAAUACAUUCCCCAACUACAUGGCACGUCGAUGGAAUGCGAGUGAAGAACUCACGCAGAAAGCUUGUUCCUUCUGUGGACGGCGUCGCCAGUGGUGCUGCAAGCCAACAUCAACUCCACAAACCGGUAGAGGUCACAAUCCAUGAUCUGCCCCUUAUUCCCUGUGUGAUUGGGAAAUGCACUGAGAAUGUCCCACCGACGAGACAAAUCCGACGAUGGCAAGGAGUGUUUGGUGAAGGGGUGCAAAAAUGUGAUGAGGGGAGGAGGAAUGCUCCGCCACAUUAUUGA